AGAAUAGAACAGAACACAGAAGAGAAGACAACCUCUGUGCUGUUUUUAAAGCUUCAUUCGUUUUCCUAUUCAGUUGUUGUUUUGUGUUUUGAGAUUAGGAUCUCAUGUUCUUCUCCAAAGUAACAGUACUGUCAACGCUGGAGACAUUGAUGCAUAGGUAGAAGAAGAAAUUCAAAAACAGUUGGUUUCUUCAUCUUUUCUGUAAUCCAGAAUAUACAUAGAUUUGUGUUGAAGAUGGAUUUUUCAGAAUCUGCUAGGAUUGUGAUAAAUAGGAUUAAGAAAAUGGAGCCUGAGAAUGGUGUCAAGAUUACUGGGUAUCUUCUGCUGAAAGAACUUAGUGAUGAUGAAAUGCUUCAGUUGGCUAUGAGUCCUGAUAUGGUCAUCCAGGAACUAAUUUACAAAGUAAAGCUUGAAAUUCAACAACUAGUUGCCUUAAGGGCUGCUGCGGCCACUUCAUCCCCAGUUUCCCCUUCCAUUAACUCAGUUCCAGCAUCAGAAUUUCCUUCACAGUUUACUUCUUUCUCACAGCCUAUCUCCUCGAGGCCUUUCCUGGCACCAGCAAGCUUUCGGGUCCAAUCUCCUUAUUGGGAGUCACAAAUAGCUUCCAAGCAGAACUCGGAUUUUGCGCCAUUAGGCUACACUGAUUCUCUGUCUGAACUGCAAAAUCAAACUCAGUUCUUGAGUUUGGAAGAUCAAGUGGAACCUGUUAACUUGGGAAACACAGGCUUCUCCAAUAAUUACUAUUACUCAGAUAGUGCAUUUGGUAAUGCAGGAGCAAGAAUGGGUCGUAGGCAUCAAAAUGUUCCUGACUUUCCUGUUAAGAUCUGUCACUACUUCAACAAGGGGUUCUGUAAGCAUGGAGGUAACUGCAGGUACUUCCAUGUUCUUACAGAUAAUUUGCCUCAAGUUUUUGGUCAUAAUUCAAUGGAUAUGACUAUGAGCAAUGAAGAUCAGGUUUUCUCACCUGGUUCACUUGAGAAGUUAGAGCUUGAAAUUGUGGAGCUAAUAAAAUGGAGAAGGGGGAAUCCUGUUUCAAUUGCAUCUCUUCCUAUGUUAUACUAUGAGAAGUAUGGGAAAGUUCUUCAGGCAGAAGGUUACCUCACUGAGAGCCAGAGGCAUGGCAAAACUGGUUACAGUUUGACAAAGCUUCUUGCAAGGCUAAAGAAUAGUAUUAGGCUAAUUGACAGGCCUCAUGGACAGCAUGCAGUAAUCUUGGCAGAAGAUGCACCAAAGUACUUGGAGAACCGGAAUGAGAGAAAUGAUCCGGGUCCAAUUGUUAGUGGAUCCCGACAGAUUUAUCUCACAUUCCCAGCUGAGAGCACCUUCACUGAAGAUGAUGUCUCAAACUACUUCAGUUCCUUUGGACCAGUUGAAGAUGUGAGGAUCCCUUGCCAACAGAAGCGGAUGUUUGGGUUUGUAACCUUUGUGAGUGCAGAUACUGUGAAAAUGAUUUUGGCCAAGGGAAAUCCGCAUUUUGUCUGUGGGGCUCGAGUCCUUGUGAAACCUUACAGGGAGAAAUCCAAGCUGGUUGACAGGAACUACCAGGAAAGAAUGGAGCCUCCAAUGUACUAUUCUCCACACUGUAUUGAGAUGGACUCUGAGCUUCACUCGGUUCCAAGAGGGUAUGAGACCUCCAGGUUGUUUAGAAAACAGCUUAUAGAAGAUCCAGAACAAUCACUUGAAAUAGAGAGGAGGCAUCUUUCAGAGCUGCGUUUAGCACGAAAACCUCUGGCCAAUCAAUCCUGUUUUGGCUACUCUAUGGAUGGAUUCCGAGUCCAAGAAGAUCAACAUUUCCCAUCAGCAGAACAAUUCAACUUUCUGCUGGAAAUUCUCAAUAGCAACUCUGGGUCUGAUGAGAAGAUCAAGCAUGUAGAGGCCAACUACACUGACCAAGAAAGCAGUGAAGGACUGAAUCUUCCGGAUAGCCCUUUUGCUUCUUCUCUAGCUAGUGGCAUUUCUGCUAUUCUUUAGGGUUAGCAACACACAGAAUACAGUUAGAGUACCGGUUUGAAGGUGAUAUCUCUAGUUUGACGCAUAAAGCUAGCUCUUUUGUUUUUCCUGUUUCUUUACUUAUUAAUCAAUCAAAAAGGCAGUCUCCUGUACAUACAGGAGCAAAGAAGACUACAACAACAAUGAAGCAUCUCAUCCCCGUUUUUAAGUGGCAAAGAAGAAGAAGAUGUGAUACAUAGGAGUACAGAUAAAAAGGGUUCUACACUUUUGUUAUGUUAACCACAGGUACAAGGCGAAGGGUCCGGUUCUUUAGGUGUAAUAUAGUCUUUUUAGCUGAAGAAAUCGAUGCAGGGAGUCUUACAUUAAUGUUUGGAAUCUCUGUAAUGCUGAUCAUUAGACAUCGUAAAGUAGCAAUCUCAUACCGGUUCAUAACCAGUUCCUUUCAUUCAAUGCCCUAAGAUUUUAUGAACAACACCAUAUCUAAAUGCUCGUGUUGAUGUUACGC